AUGUCAGUUAUAUUCAAGGCCAAACUAAAGAACGCCAAGACGGCGAUCAACGACAAGGACUAUUCGUACAGCUACGAUCUCUGCCACGAUCUUCUCGAGCUAGACAGCACCAACUACAACGUGCACAUACUCCUUGGAGUCUCCUGCCAGCAUCUGCAGAAAUGGAACGAAGGCACUGCAGUAUACAGAAAGGCUCAAGCCCUGGGCAAAGCCAAUAUUCUCGCAUGGCAAGGGCUUUGUGCACUCCACGAAGCAGAGGGCAAUGAUCAGGAAUUGGUCCGGUCACUAGGAUCCCUUCGCGACCGGUACUUAAACCAAGAGGACGAUUUGGAAAAGGCCUGGGAACGCAUCAAAAAAUCAUCGCCUUGGCGGAGAAGUCCGGCAGCCAGCGGCAGGUGGUGCGAGCUGCGGCUACUGACAGAGGACUCCGGCCCCCUGCACCGGCUUUUACUGGCGGGAAAUGCCCAGGACAUAAUGACGGAGCGCGAGGUUCUGCAGCGCAUGUUCGCGGAAGAAUCUGCGCUGGACGCGCGCACGGUGGAUGCGGAGGUGGCCAAGCGGCGCACGCGGCUGGCCGCUGGGCCGCUGGCCAAGGUUAUGCGCGAUGUGCGCAUGGAAGUAUGGGCGCAGUCGGGCGUGCUGCAGACGCUCGCGAGGCUGAUUGUCCUGAGCCUGGACGCCGACGAGCGGCUGCGCUGGGAGGAGGAGUACUUUGCGCAGCUCCGCCUGCGCACCGGCCACCUGGCGCUGGGCGGGCUGGGCGCCGUCAUGCUGAGCGAGGGCGACGCCGCCGGCGCCGCCGCGUGCCUGGAGCGCGCCGUGGCGCUGGCGCCCGGCCACGCGGCGCACCACGCGCGGCUCGGCUGGGCGCUGUGGCAGCCGGCGGGCCCGCCGGACGGACAGGCGCGGGGCGUUUGCGAGCUGGCUGGCGGCGGCGCGGCUGGACCCGGCGACGCGUCGGCGUUCGGCGGGCUGGCGCUGUGGUACGCGCAGGCCGGCGACGCGGCGCGCGAGCAGCGCUGCCUGGAAAAGGCCGUUGCGCUGGACGCCGCCAACGGCGCGGCGGGCGAGCGGCUGGCGGCCGUCGCUGGCGGCGGACGCGGCGGCGGCCGUGCGCACGCCGUUUCUGGCGUGGGGGCUGGUGCUGUCGGCGUGCACGUGGGUUGCGCGCGCCGGCGCCGCCGGGCCGUCUGCGGCCGUGGAGGCGCUGGCGCGCCACGCGUGCGCGGCCGAGGCGGCUGCCGCGCCGCCGCCGUUCCUGCGCGACACGCGGCGCGCGGCGGCCGGCGGGCUCGCUGGCGGGCGCGCCGCGCCGCUGUUUGCGCUGGCCGAGCGCGCGGCCAGCCUGCGCAUUCUGGCGGCCGCGUCGCUGGAGCACGCGGCGGCCGCGUGGGCUGCGCUGGGCCAGGCGUACUGCGCGCAGCACGCGCGGCAGCACCCGGUGGCGCUCGGGGCCGCGGCCAGCGCGCCGUCCGGGCUGCUGGCCGCGGCCGGCCGCUGUGCGCGCGCGGCCGUGCGGCUGGACGCGCGCAGCUUUGGCGCGCACCUGCUGCAGGGCACCGUGGCGACGUGGGCCGGCGACGCGGCGCUGGCGCAGCACGCGCUUAUCGUGGCCACGCGUGUUUCGCGCGGCGACCCGGCCCUGCAGGCCACCGCGUGGGCGGCGCUGGGGCUGCUGUGCCUGCACCGCGGCGACGCCGACCUGGCCACGCGGCUGUGUGCGCGCGCGCUGGUGGCGGACCCGGAGAGCCCCGGGCGCGGCUGGGCGCGGCGCUGGCGGCCGAGCUGGCCCAGCGCCCGUGCGUCGACUUGUUCGACGCGUGCCUGCAGACGGCGGACGCGGCGCGCGCGGUGGCCGACUACUGCUUUGCCAAGCAUGUGUGGCUGGCGCUGGUGCGCCGCCAGCGGGCGCGCGGCGGCGGCGGCGGCGGCAGCCUGGUGCAGAGGAGCCAGGGCGCACGGUCGAUGGCCGAGCGCAGUCGCCUGGCCAUGGCCCUGUUUGCUGCCAGGCGCUUUGUCGCCCGCGCGCCGGAUGCCGGCGGCGAGGGUGCGCUGCUGCUGGGGCUCUUGCUGGAGCUGAAUUGCGAGUGGGAGGCAGCGGCCGAGGCAUACGCUGUGUUUGUGGGGAAGUGCGCUGCUGAGGGCCGGGCUCCUAAUCACAAGGCCCUCGGGACAAUACGCGGCAGCGUGCGACGCCUACGAGGCGGCGGCGGCGGCGGCGGCCGGCGGCCGGCACCGGCACCGGCACCGGCACCGGCACCACAAACAGCACUAGCUGGGCACGAGGCUGAGCCCGUGGGCGAUGACGGCCAUGUGCGUGCGUUUUUCUUUACGCUGGGCCGCAGUCUGGCGCUGUUUUUUGCCGGGCGGCUGGAGGAGAGCCUGGGCUAUUUCGAGCUUGCACUGGGGAUGGCCGAGCAGCGACCGGCGGUUUCGCCACAGCGCGGCUACGUGGCGGUGAUGCUGGCCCAGGUGCUUUGGGCGCUGGGCUCGGAGGACCACCGCGGGCUGGCGCGCCAGCAUCUUCUGGAGGUGGUUAGCGAGCGUGCGUCGCUGCCGGGACUCACGACAUUGUUCGCCAUUGGGCUGCUGCAGGGCGACGGCCAGCUGGUCGCAGCCACGCAUGUGGAGCUCUUGCAGUGUCGGAAUAUGGACUCUAUCAUGCGAUCCCGCGGCUCGAGUCGUAUCUUUGCCUGA